CAUCUCGUAUAAAAAGCCAGUAAGCCUCACAGUCAGUGUUAGUACAGUGAGAGUGUAAGUUCAUUGUUAAUUGUCAUUUGUACGACGAAAUAUUUUUAAUUGUUUCCCGUAAUUCGACUUGUCAUUUCAACUGCAUCGAGUUUAUUUUACUUUAUCUUUUAAUACCAUCAGUUCCAAAAUGUCGUCAGAAGAGCCCUUGGUUGUCGAGGCAGUUCACCUGUACGAGAAAGAGAAUGCUACCAGUCAUCGAACGAUCAAUUACGAAUUGGUACAUUUAGACCCACCGACCCCUGUGCUCAGAAGAGGUCAACCAUUCAACGUUGCUCUGAGAUUCAAUCGAGAAUACUUGGACGAGACUGAUAUCGUUAGAUUGCUAUUUAGCUUUGGACCGAACCCGAACGUUCUCCGAGGUACCAGAGGUGUGAACACCAUAACUAACAGGGAUACUUACUUGACCGAUCUGGAGGCAUGGGGCGUAAGGAUGGUCGGUGUCAGUGGCAUGGAUUUAUCCGUGGAAGUGAGAAGUCCGAUCGAUAGCCCUGUUGGCAUAUGGCAAUUGAAUGUCGAGACCACGAUAGUUGGCAGCAAGAAGGCGCCGAAUACUUUUAAUUAUCAGAAGGAUAUUUAUCUGCUGUUUAAUCCGUGGUUGAAAGAGGACAUAGUGUAUAUGGAGGACGAACAGCUGUUGGACGAGUACGUUUUGAACGACGUUGGAAAGAUAUGGGUCGGUCCAUGGGGUAGUUCGCGGGGCAGAGAAUGGGUUUUCGGCCAAUUCGAUGCCUGUGUUCUUCCAGCUUGUCAAUUGUUGCUCGAAAGAUCAGGCAUUAAAGCUAUUUCCAGAGGAGAUCCCAUUAAGAUGUGUCGAGCUAUUUCAAGAAUCGUGAAUUCGAACGACGACAAAGGUGUCAUUACCGGACGUUGGGACGGCGAGUAUGGCGACGGUACGGCCCCGUCAACGUGGACCGGAAGUGUGCCGAUUUUGGAAGAAUUCUUAGAAACCGGCGAGCCGGUGAAAUAUGGGCAAUGUUGGGUAUUCGCUGGCGCUGUCACCACCAUAUGCCGCGCUCUUGGAAUACCAUCGAGGGUCGUGUCGAAUUUGGUAUCGGCCCACGACGCGAACGCUUCCCUCUCCGUCGAUCGUUAUUACGACAAAGACAACGAGGAGCUCGGUUAUGAUCCGCAGAAUCCGAAUUAUGACGAAGAUUCAAUUUGGAAUUAUCACGUUUGGAACGACGUAUGGAUGGCUAGGCCCGAUUUGCCGAAAGGAUACGGAGGCUGGCAGGCUAUCGAUUCUACCCCUCAAGAACCCUCCGAGGGUGUUUAUCAAUGCGGGCCAGCUUCCGUUGAAGCAAUUAGACAAGGAGCUGUUGGAUAUAAUUACGAUAUUACUUUCAUGGUGGCGUCGGUGAACGCUGAUCUAAUGAGAUGGAAGGAAGAUUCCGAGAGCGAGCUGGGAUACUCUAAAAUUGAUUGCAACAAAUAUCAUAUCGGUCGUAUGAUUCUGACGAAAGCACCUUGGAUCUUCGAUCCCAAUGGUGACAGAGACCGAGAGGAUAUAACGUCAUUGUACAAAGCGAAAGAAGGUACCGAAGCGGAACGUCUGACGUUAUUCAGAGCAGUACGAAGUACGGAAGUGGCGAAAAGAUUUUACUCCUUACCCUCGCCAGGAAAGGAAGACGUUGAAUUCGAUCUCGUAGACUUGGAACGGGUGAAUAUCGGUCAACCGUUCGCCCUGACUGUCAACAUAAAGAACAAAUCGGAUCAGCCAAGAACCAUUCAAGCCAUUCUGUCUGCCGGUAGCGUGUACUAUAACGGGGUCAAGGCGAACCUAGUGAAAAGAGCAUCCGGUGACUUCACCCUUCAACCAAACGCCACCGAACAGCUGAAACUCACGGUCACGGUAGACGAUUAUUUGGACAAGCUCGUGGAGUAUUGUAUUAUGAAACUGUAUUGCAUUGCCACGGUCAAGGAAACCAGGCAAACAUGGGCCGACGAGGAUGAUUUCCAGGUUUUGAAACCGAGCAUUGUGGUGAAGAUCGAUGAUGAACCAAUGGUAGGAAGACCAUCGACGAUCUCCCUUCGAUUCAAAAAUCCUUUGAAGAGAACCUUGACGGAAUGCAAAUUCAAUUACGCUGGGCCAGGACUGUCGAAAAAUAAGACUCUGAUGUUCAGAGACGUCGAACCGGAAGAGGAUGUGUACGUGGAACACCAGUUGGUUCCACAGAAAUCGGGAGCACAGAAAAUUAUAGCUACUUUUACUUCGAAAGAACUCGUGGACAUUACAGGCUCUGCCGCCAUCGAUGUUCUCGACGAGGACGAAUAGAAUUCUUGAAACUCUUAUAAUUAUAUUACGUUUUAAUCUUUGA